AUGCAACUCCCCAGCCCCACUCCAAGCUCCGGUGGCGGAAACGGCGGAUCGUCAUUGCCCGCGUCUUCUAGUCGGUCAAUCUGGUCGAACACCUUCUUUCCAUCCGACGUAAGGCCUUCACGGCUCAACCAAUUCCCUGUUGACAGCCCCGGUGUCCGCGAUACCAUGGGGUGUCAAGCUCAACAGAGCUUCGCUGCCGACGCUCGUGCAUCCAUCCGCGAAUCAUCCUCGGAUACGCCUAUUCGCCUGCCGCUUGACGGUCCCCUGGUCUCUCUGCACUUCCUGUUCUUCUUGGAAUUCCUCAACACGAUCCUUGAUUCGCGAGACACGCGGCAAACCUUAACGUGGCUCCUCGACAUUGGCCGCUCCAUCGUUCAGAUCGGCUCUGUUGUCGUACACCGGCUACGACAGGAAACCGAAUGCUAUGCUGCGGUCACAAACUUUGUAGCGCGAAACGAUCAAGAGGCCGUCUUCCAGACACGAGUGCUUGGAUGGCAAACCGGAGCGGGGUGGCGCGAGCCGGCGGGAUCCCUCAUCUCAUUCCUCAUCGUCCCUAUCUCGCGUUGCGCGCUCGAGUUCCAGAGACCGGGCUGGGGGCAGUUCACCUAUUCAGUCAAAUCGCUGCAAAAUCAUUUUGUCAACAUCGUACGACAAGUUCGCAGUUCGUCUACCUCUGCCGAUACGAAUGUCGCCGGCAUACCUACCCCGAACGACUGGCUCCUCGGUUGGGUGGCGCAGGCUCACCUUGCGUUGCCCAUGAUCGCUGCAUUCGACCAUAGCAUUGCCACCUGUCCGACAUUUUCUCUGGAUGACAUCCAUACUCCGUUGUCGAGUACGAUGGUCAUACCGCCCAGAAUUUUCGAACUACAGGAUCUGGAUGGUCGCCGCGCAGAAACAUCGUCAUCGGAAGCACAGUUGCAGCCGGCACUUUCGGGGACUCGGCGUAAGACCACGACCUUGUCGCGCCCUUAUACGGUGUUCACCCGCAAAGCCUUUCGUGGACCACGUACGAGCGCUCAAGGACCAUACGUACCUAUCCCAGCCGUAUUCCCAGAGGAGUUGGAGAGACGGGAUGGAGAGACAUUUCGGGAAGUUUAA